GGGAGGGGGACUGAGAGUGAACAAACAGAUACACAGACAGAAGAACAGACAGAGAGAGAGAGAGAGAGAGAGAGAGAGAGAGAGAGAGAGAGAUCUGUCUUUUCAUCAUGGAGGCAAUCAGGGCUACACUGAUCUUUUCCAGUCUUCUUCUAACAGUAUUGGCUCAGAAGCCGGUCGUGUCCAUCGAGCCUCACAGCGUAGCCGUUAAACAGGACGAUACGGUGAGCUUCCGGUGCCACGUGACCAGCGGUGCUCAGCCGGUCCAGCUGGAGUGGAAACGACCCAAUAACCAACCACUAGCAGAUAACGUUAAAGUCGGACCUGAUGGUUCAGUACUGACCAUUGCUUCUGCUCGCCCCGGUAACCAGGGACAGUACCGCUGCGUAGCAACCAACGCUCAAGGAAAAGGCACCAAUAUGGCGAUGCUUACCGUGAAGCAGCCUCCAAAGGUGCGUGUGACCCCUGCCGGCCAAGUAAAGGUAAAAGUGGGUGGUGUCUCAUCUCUGGAAUGCAAUGCCUCUGGGAAGCCCCGCCCCUCCAUUACCUGGUUUAAACAGGAAGCUGGAAGAGAGCUUGUACUGGUUUCUACGACGACGCUCACCAGUGUGACAGCAAAGGUGAAGGUUACAGCCCCACAGGAUGGCGGGACGUUUGUGUGUCGUGCCCAAAACAAGGACGGCACGUCCGAGGAGAAGGUGGAGCUUAAGGUAGAAGGUGUUGCCAUAGAGCCCAAGGCUACUGUAGACCAGACGGACUUGACGGCUGUUGAGGGACAAACGGUGACCAUGAAAUGCCAAGCGACCGGUUCCCCCACUCCUGUUAUUACCUGGUCUAAGCUGCGUGCUCCGUUGCCAUGGCAGCACAGAGCAGAGGGAGGAACUCUGACGCUCAGUAGCGUCGGACGGCAAGAUUCGGGUCAGUACAUCUGUAACGCCACAAAUUCGGCAGGUUUCAGUGAAGCGUAUGUGCAGAUGGAGGUGGACACUCCGCCUUAUGCCACCACCGUUCCUGAUCAUGUGACUGCUCGUCGUGGCGCCUCUCUGCGUGUGCAGUGUAUCGCCCAUGGCUCUCACCCAAUCAGCUUCCAGUGGUCACGUGUGGGCGGGGCUGCGAUAUCUUCAGGGGCAAAGAUCACCAAGGAAGGCGUGCUGGCAAUCGCUCAGCUCAAAGUGACUGACAGCGGGACGUACAGAUGCGUUGCCACCAACCAUGUGGGCAACAGCGAAACGUUCGCCAUCGUCACUGUCCGAGCGUAAUGAUUUCUCCCCUCUGACGCCGAUGACGUGAGUGUGUGAGGACGACGAUCAUCUCUGCGUUCUGGCUUGCACGUGCAGCGAUAUAACGUACUGGCCUUUAUAAAUGACAGCAUGUAAUAACUUUUCUACUUUUAUCAUUUAAAAUCCAAUCCAAACACAUCAGCGAGAAGAAAACACAUCGGCCGGCUGCGUGCUCACGAUCCCAGCUAUGCUCGAACAUUAUAAACAGGCCAAUACUGUAGAACAUUCCGGCACUUUACAAUCUUUUGUGUUUAAUUAACACAUAAUAAAUGUAUGAUAUGGCCACA